AUGGCUUGUUCCAAGCAUGCCAGUGAGAAAGUGCGGGCCCUGCCCAAGAUUCGGGAGGGGGAGCGGGUGCUCACUUUCCACGGGCCCAUUCUGCGGGAGGCCGAAUGUGUCCAGGUGGCAGUACAAGACCAGCAGGUCAAGUACCUAGUGCGUUACCGGUCUGAGGGCGGGAUGGAGAUGAGUGGGGCUUUUCAGGGUGCCGGGGCCUUUGUCAGUGCCCCCACUAGUAGCUUGGGAGGGGCUAGCAGCAGUGGCGUGGGUGCCGGGGAGGGCGCAGGGCCUAGUGCCAGUGCCAGGCUUAGUGAGCAUCUCAGUCCCAUAGCCUGCUGGGACUACGAGUGGAUCCCCGAGAGCCGCGUGCUCCGCUACUGUAGCGUCAGUGAGAAGGAUAGUGAUAGCGAUAGCGAUAGCGAUAGCGAUGGCAAUGGUUCGGCCACCACCUCGUCUGGGACCUCCGGCCAAGCCGCUGAUGUGGGGGAGGGCAGCAGCCACGGGAAGGGAGGUGGUGUGGUGCAGCUCCCACUCAUGCGCCAGGGCCCCGGGGCCCCCGAAAGGAGAUUUCUGCAAAGGCGGGAAGUCAAGGUGACCCUGCCAGAUGCCCUCAAGUCCCUGCUCGUUAAAGACUGGGAGCUGGUGACCAAUGGCAAAAAGCUUUUUACCCUGCCAGCCAAGAAGAGCGUUGAUGCCAUUCUAGCUGAGUAUGUGGCUUCCCAGCAAAAUUGUGAGGCCCUCAACAAACGGUACACUGUCCACGAGCUGAUGGCGGGAAUCAAAGAGUAUUUCAAUGUGAUGCUGGGCACUCAGCUGCUCUACAAAUUCGAGAGGCCCCAGUACAGGGAGCUCCUGGCCAGUCACCCCAAUGUCUGCAUGUCCCAGAUCUAUGGGGGAGCCCAUCUGCUGCGCCUUUUCGUGCAGCUCGGCUCCGUGCUGGCCUACACGGCCCUGGAUGAUAGCAGCCUCAGUCUGCUCCUGGGUCACUUGCAAGAUUUCCUGAAAUACUUGGCUUGCAACCCCUCUGUGCUGUUCACUGCUGCAGACUACCAGGUGGCGUCUGCUGAAUACCAGCAGAGGGCUGAGUGA